GGGAGGCGUGUUCAUCUUCAGGGCAGUAUGGAUAGCGCAUUAUUAACAGAUCGAGGUAUGGCGAGGUCAGCAUCAUCACCAAUGUCAGAAUCCAUUACAGUUACCAGAAUGCCCCCUGUGUUUGCCCCCACUCUUGUUUCUAUAACGACUGUUCUCCAGAUGUUUGUGCGAAAAACAGUCAAUGGGAGCUUGCCACUGUGUUACGAUCUCAACGAAUUCAUGCUUCUUAAACUACUGCACAAUCCCAACAGAGAGCUCUCUAUAAAUGGUCAACUGGAGUCAUAUCCCAAUGUUGGCUUCAAAAGGAUUGUUAUCCACAACCAAAACCAAAGCAUUGACAUCAACCAGCGUCAUAUACGCGUGAACGAUGGACAGAAUGCAACAAAGAUCCGAUGGGAGCCGAAUAUUAUUGAUAUCCAAAGGGGAAAACUGAUUCAGAGCCACAACAAGACCACCAUAAUGAUCGAAGACUCGCUCUUGAUCAUAAUGCGUCAUGAAAAGAAGGGUAAAAGCCUUCUCUGGCCAAUCUUCAGUCAGGUCUCCAACGACCCAGUCGAAGGGCUUCUAGCUGUCAAACCGUUGGUCUACGAGAGCGUGUCUGCUCCGUCCGGGACAGUCACGGUCAGCGGCAAAACGUUCACGGUUUCAGAGGGCGACAUUUUCGACUACAGUGUGACAUCUCCGCCGAGAAUAAAGUGUUGGUUAACAUCUGCAGAGAAUGCCUUGGAGGGACGUCUGUUCGAUUUUCUUGUCACAGAUUUAUAAAUGAAUAAAUUAGAAAUGAUCUGCAAUGCAAUUCCUUAUUGCACUGUUGCGUUCCUCAGCUUCAGAGGCAUUGUCAUGUCAACUGUUGGAAGUAAUAAGAGCAGACAAACAUUUGUUCAAGUAAUUAAUAAAAUGAACAUGAAUGAACAUUG